ACCGACUGUAUUGCUCUCACAUUGGAGGUAUUCCACAAACUAUCUUCAAGCAGUUUGGCCUUUUAAACGUUCAGGAAAAUGAUACUAAUGGAUAUGUUCGAUGCGGCAAGCUGGUGGACUUUACUUAUAGUUGGGCAAAUAGUCGUCGGAAGCAUAUAUUUCUUGUGGUUGAAUAAAAAGAAGAAGCCGGGCCGUAUAUUGACGCAGAAAAAGCUAUCAGAAUGGAAGCCACUACCUUUGUAUGAAGAUUGUGAUGACCUUAUAGAACCCCUAGAGAUGGGAAAAAUUGAUGAAAAUGCUCUCAAUGUGGGUGCGACGAGUUUCCUUUGCUUCGACAAGGAGAAGUCGAUAAUGGAGAGCGCCCUGGCUUCUUUGGAAAAGUAUGGAGUGGGUUCUUGUGGACCAAGAGGGUUUUAUGGCACUAUUGAUGUUCAUCUGGAGUUAGAAGAGAGAUUGGCGAAAUUCCUUCAGGUAGAAGAGACCUGUGUCUACUCAUACGGGUUCUCUACUGUUGCCAGUGCUAUACCAGCUUAUGCCAAGAAAGGAGAUUUAAUAUUUGCGGACGAAAAAGUAUGGUUCGCCAUCCAAAAAGGAAUUGACGCGUCUCGCAGCACCGUCACAUACUUCAAGCACAACGACAUGCAAGACCUGGAACGUCUUCUAGAAGAUGCCAAGCAGAAGAAGAAGUUGAAUCCCAAGAGACGAGCAUUCUUGAUCGCUGAGGCUAUCUACUACAACACUGGUACCAUGUGCCCUCUUAGAAGUCUGGUGGAGUUGGCAAGGAGAUUCAAGCUGAGGAUAAUUCUAGAUGAGAGCCUUACAAUAGGGGUGCUAGGCAAGAGCGGUCGCGGUCUGACCGAGCAUCUGAACGUACCGAGAGACGAGAUCGACCUCAUAGUGGGCUCGCUGGAGCACUCCUUCGCGACCGUCGGUGGAUUCUGCGCUGGCACACACUUUAUAGUGGAACACCAAAGGCUGUCUGGACUUGGGUACUGCUUCAGCGCCUCUCUUCCGCCAAUGCUGACGCAGGCGGCCAUAUCAGCCUUGGACAUCCUUGAGAAGAAACCCGCACUCAUACAGGAGCUAGACGACUGCUGUAGAAAGGUGCACAGGGCAAUAAGCAAUCUCACAAACUUCACAUUCAGCGGCGAUGAGAUGUCUCCGAUUAAACAUUUGUACCUCAAAGAUUCAACAUCAUAUGAAGCAAAGCAGGCCAAAUUGAGGAGUAUCGCCAAAUAUUGUAUGGAUAAAGGUAUAGCUGUGGCUGUAGCAACAUAUCUGAAGGAUGCAGAAAUACAAUGCCCGGAACCAUCUAUAAGGUUGGCUGUACGUAGAAUGUUGACCGAUGAUGAUAUAUCUAAAAUAUGUACGCUACUAGAUGAGGCAUAUAAUGCUGUGUAAAUUG